AAAGAGUCAGGAAACUUUGUAGUUCUGUCAACAGUUCUACUGAUGUGGGGCGUUUUUGCUGUUGGUCUUAUAAUGGCAAGAAGGGCUGAUACUUAUGACAAACUAAAGAUUGUGAACUGUGGAGUAGAAACAACCGGUAACAAAAAUAGUAGCGUUAAAACCUACAAGAUAUCAAUACACACUGGCGUAUGGUUAGGAUCUGGUACCACAGCUAACGUUGGCAUGAUACUCUACAGUGUUGGAGAUUAUUCCGAACCAAUAUAUUUUAAUAAUAUGCAUUUAGAUAAAAGACUGUUUACAAGGGGAAGUGUCAAUAUAUUCUAUAUCAACCUUCAAUCAAACCUUAAUGACCUAUUCAAGAUAAAAAUAUGGCACGACAAUUUUGGAGAAGAUCCGUCUUGGUUUAUCAAAGACGUGGUUGUUUCGGAUGAGGAUGAAGAAGAACGUUGGUACUUCUUGGUUGAUCGCUGGCUUGCAGUAAACAAAGGUGAUCACAAAAUUUCAGCUGACUUUCUUCUUACAGAAGAAAAGGAAGUGAAAAAAUUCAAAAACCGUUUCUAUUCAAGAGCAGCAAAGCAAUUUACCAACGCUCAUUUAUGGCUGUCCGUAUUCACAAGAAAUAUCCACAGCCCUUUCACCAGAUGCCAGAGUCUGAUGUGGGGUGCAGAAAUCGCUAACCAGUGGUUAGCGUCGAUCAUGAUGUCCUUCAUUGAAGAUGUGCUUUUCAUACAGCCUAUUAAAAUUAUCGUAUUAGUUUCGUUACUAGCAAUGAUCAUCAAGAAACCAGUAGAUCAUCAUAAAGAGGUCAACAUCUCUGAAAAACGUGUCUUUGUUUCAUGUCGUAAAGUAGAAAUACCACCCACAGAAGACUUGGCCAUAGCAAGAGAURUGGCAACCAAAACAUCUGCCUUGAAGCGUGUCAUCAUGGAGUACCUUUUAUAUCUGCUUUUUAUCUUACUGCUGUUUAUAGUCUGCUACGGUAACCGAGAUACGAAUAGAUUUAUGGUGACAAAUUCAAUUAAAAGUAUGGUUGCAAAUUUUGAGGAGGUAAAAGACAACAAAUCGUUUUGGAAAUGGAUUGAAGAUGAAGCUAUACCAAAAAUGUUCGAGGUACAGUGGUAUAAUGCUCAACCUUUUUCGGAGCCUGAAGGGUUUUUAAAGAACAGAAAAAUGUUCCUUGUUGGAAUGCCACGCCUUCGACAGCUAAGAAUCAAACCAGGUAAUGAAUGUUUGAAGGAAAUUCGUCCAGACAUGGCAUCAAAUUUUCAACGAUGCAUCCCACAGUAUAGUAUGUUCACCGAACAGAACAGUCCCUACAACUUACCGAAAUGGAAAGUAUUCAAGAACCGAACGGCUUAUCUUUCCAACUUUGAAAUUGGGAAACUCUGUCCGAUACCAUGGAGAUACAGAGACUUUAAUGAAAUUCAGACUUUACCGUUUUGGGGGACUACAACUGCUUAUGGUGGUGGAGGUUUUGUUGCUGAUCUUGGAUACAAAAUAGCUACAGCAAAAGACGUGGUCAGGGAACUACAAAAAAACGAAUGGAUAGACGAGUACACAUCCGCCCUCUUUCUAGAAUUUACUUUGUUUAACCCAGCAACCUCGCUUUUUAGUACAGUUAAAUUCUUGUUUGAGCGAUUGGCCUCGGGUUCUUUGAAUGCUCUAAAUCGAAUUGAUACCAUAACUGUCUACUCGCCAACUAACAACUCACUUUUAUCAUUUCUUCAAAUGUGUCAGUUUUUAUUGAUGGUUAUCAUCAUAGCUCUUAUGGUCUCUGAGUGUGUCCACAUAUAUCAAAAUGGCCGUAGCUAUUUUAAAGAUAUCUGGAAUUUGGUUCAGUGGCUACAGAUAGUUAGCAUAAUAUGUGCGAUCGUAAUGUUUUAUUUUAAGGAAAAAUAUACCAACAGUUUCAUUGCUCAAUUGCAAGUGAAUCCUUUUGAAACGUCAAGCGCUGAUUACAUCGUCAUGUGGUCUGAUCUAGAAACAAUUGUUCUGUCAUUCGUCAUUUUCAUCAUUACGAUUAAGCUAAUCCGCCUAAUACGUUACAACCCACUAGUUUGCCAGCUGAACAACACUUUGAAAAGAUCAGCCAAGUUUAUUUGUUCUUUUAGCGUUUUGUUCUUGAUUGUCAUGCUUGGUUUGGGCUUCAUGGCGACAUUGGCAUUUGGAAGAUUUUCAUACGACUUCUCAUCCUUACCAAGGGCGCUGAGUAAAUUACUCCAGCUUUUGGUUGGUGGAAAAAUAUAUCAGAAAGAUAUUAACUUUUCUCAAAGUCCUAUUGGCCCAUUAUUUGUUCUUUUCUACACAGCUUUCGCCUCUGUGAUACUUGUAAACAUAUUACUUUCUAUCCUAUUAGAAAGCUUCAAAACAUCAAGAAAAUGCGUUGAUCCACAAUAUCUUGAUGAUUUGAAAUUUGGAAUAUUUAUGAAAAGCCAUCUAGGUCAGAAGGUUGCUUCCGGUCAGGAAAAAAUUAACAAAAUUUUAAGGAAAACAUUAGUGCCUUCGCACAAGGGAGAAGUCUACGUUAGAUGCAGACCAAGGGAGUACGACGAUUUGAGGAAUGGAAAUGAGGGGGAAAUGCUGAAAGUAUGUAGUCACGGCUCCAGAGAGACCCUUUCAAUAGACUUUACUUUCGACUGUAUUUCCUGCAUCAGCCACGAAAGGGAAUCCUACGAUGAAGAUGUUCAGCUAAACGACAUCAGAGGCAGUUUAGCAGAAAUUAGUAGUAUUCUCAAACGUUCUAUUUCUGAUGUUGAAAUAACACCAUAACUGAAGCUGUUAGCUGGAAGAACUUGCAAUAAAAGGCAUGCUACUUGAGGUAAUCAUCAUCAGCAUUAUCAUCAUCAUCUUCAUCAUCAUCAUCAGCUGCACAACUGCAAUAUCCAUAGUAUAAGCCGCAUUAAGGUGACUGCCUCCUUUGAAUGCUGAAUCUUUCCCAUUUCCGUUUUAAAUUUCAGGAGGAGAAAAAAAAACAAAAAAAGAUUUUGC